AUGUAUGCUGCGAUUGGUAGUGAUGAGGAUGACUGUUACCGGUGUUUCCCGCCCGACCCGGGCAUUGGUACUGCCGCGUCAGGUACUAGUGAGGCUGCUGCUCUAGGUGCCAGUGCGUCUGUGCUCUCAGGUGCUGGUGAGUCUGCCCUCUCAGGUACUGUGUCGGCUUCGGCCUCUCACACCUUCACCCUUGACUCUGGAGCGUCUCGCUCCUUCUUUCGGGACCGCACCACUCUCACGCCGCUUAGUCGGCCGGUUGCGGUGUCCCUGGCUGACCCCUCUGGGGGGCCUGUCCUGUCUCGCUUCUCCACUGUCCUCCCGUGUCCGGCAGCCCCCUCUGGCACCCUGACUGGUCUUUACCUCCCCUCGUUCUCGACGAACUUGGUGAGUGGUGCUGACCUCCAGGAUGCGGGUGUCCACCAGUUCACCCCUGCUCGUCAGCGGGUGACCCACUGCACGGAGGCGGAUACAGGUCGCCACCUGGCUACGUUUACACGUCGGCCAGGGUCGAGCCUGUACACUCUGACCACUGCUUCUCCUCCAGGUGCUGAGUCUGGUAGGGUCACUUCGUCUGGUCAGGUGUUUGCUGCAGCGUCCAGGUCUGGUCCUGAGUCUGCCCCCUGCUCGUGCCGUCGUUUGUCUCACGAGACCCUCCUCUGGCACCACCGCCUUGGCCACCCCUCUCUGCUUCGGCUCAGGGGCAUGGCCUCGCGAGUCCUUGUGUCUGGUCUUCCCCGGUCUCUCCCUCCCCUUCCUCUGGGCCCUGGCCCCACCUGUGUCCCCUGUGUCGAGGGGCGCCAGCGUGCUGCCCCUCACUCCUCCCAGUUUCCUCCGACAGAGGCCCCGUUGCAGACGCUUCACAUGGAUGUGUGGGGCCCAGCCCGCGUCCGUGGACAGGGUCAGGAGCGCUACUUCCUGCUGGUGGUUGACGACUACUCGCGUUACACCACAGUCUUCCCCUUGCGCAGCAAGGGUGAGGUCACUGCGGUGUUGAUCGACUGGAUCCGCGCAGCUCGUCUCCAGCUUCGGAGGAGCUUUGGCUCUGACUUCCCUGUUUUGCGUCUGCACUCGGACAGAGGCGGAGAGUUCUCCUCUGGCCUCCUGAGUGCCUACUGUCGUGCGCGAGGCAUCCGUCAGACCUUCACGCUUCCGGACUCACCGCAGCAGAAUGGGAUUGCUGAGCGCCGCAUUGGCAUGGUCAUGGACGUCGCUCGUACGUCCAUGAUGCAUGCGGCUGCUCCCCAUUUUCUGUGGCCGUUUGCGGUCAGGUACGCUGCGCACCAGAUCAACCUCCACCCCAGGGUCUCUCGACCGGAGACCUCCCCAGCCCUGCUGUGGACGGGGAAGGUUGGCGAUGCGUCGGCGUUCCGGGUCUGGGGAUCUCGGGCGUUUGUUCGCGACCUGUCUGCGGACAAGCUAUCCCCUCGUGCUUCUCCCUGCGUCUUCCUGGGGUUCCCCCCCGACGCCCCUGGGUGGCAGUUUUACCACCCCACCUCUCGACGUGUUCUGUCCUCCCAGGACGUCACGUUCGACGAGUCGGUACCCUACUACCGCCUCUUCCCCUACCGCACUCCGUCCCUCCCCCCACCCCCGCUCUUCUUGGUAGACGCGGUCGAGCCUGUCGAGGUCACUGGUGACUCUGGUGCUGCUGCGGGAGCUGAGCCUGGGGGUGCGGAGUCUGGGGGUGCUGAGCCUGGAGGUGCCGAGUCUGGGGGUGCUGAGCCUGGGGGUGCUGAGCCUGGGGGUGCUGUGCCUGGGGGUGCUGAGUCUGGAGGUGCCGAGUCUGGGGGUGCUGUGCCUGGGGGUGCUGAGCCUGGGGGUGCUGAGCCUGGGGGUGCUGAGCCUGGGGGUGACGUGCCUGGGGGUGCUGUGUCUAGGGGUGCUGAGCCUGGAGGUGCUGUGCCUGGGGGUGCUUCGUCUCGCCGGGAGCCACUCUCCCCACAGGAGCUGCGUGAGUGGUUUGCCGGGCGCUGGAGGCGUGCUGCUGGUGCUGGUGGUUCUUCGGCUGCAGAGGGUCCUGAUGCUGCGCGCCCCGCCGGCGCUCGUACUGUGGGUGCUGGAGCUGCUGAGUCUGAGAGUUCUCCUGGAGCUGGUCCUGCUGAGGGUGUUGGCGCUGAGCCUGCCGUUGGCGGCCCGACUGACAGUGCUCCUGGUGCUGCGGCUGGAGGUUUUGGAGCUUCUGGUGGUGCUGCUGGAGGUGCUACUGGAGUGGGUGCUCCUGCCGGGGCUGCUGGUGCUGUUCCUGCUGUUUCUAGCGUCGCCGCGCGGCCCCGACCGUACUUCCGCUCCUGCAGCAGGUUCUUGGUCUUACACCUCCUCCUCCUCCCUUAG